CAGUGAUAAUUGACGUGACUGUUCGGUUGCACGCAGCGAACGGAUUGAUGCAAACCAAGCCCAAUUUUACACCAUUGGAGUAUACACACAAACAUAUCUAUAUAAAAGAAGACGGAACUGUAGCAAAUUGCAUUACUGCAGCCAAUGCUGAACCGCAUUUAGUGCUUUGUGAUACAUUUUGCAUUUAAAUAACAUGAAACCUUUCCGUGCAACCGGUCGCCUUGUGCUGGGAUUGGAGCUGGCGCUACUCCUGCUGCUGGUGUGCGGUGUAACGCAUGCCCACACCGAACCGGAGCUCCCGGCGGCCGCGGCGAGUGCGCAGGUUUCACCCGGCGAUGCCACGGGACUCGCAGCGGACGCAGGGCAGCAUCUUCCUCCGGCGAUAGACGCUAAAACGGACGACAGCGCUGGAAAAAGCGUAGUUGUGAACUGGAAGCUGGCCUGCAAACAGCUCUGCAGUGCAGGGCUUGGCGGUCCCAGCUGCGGGUCAACAUGGCUCCGCACUACCACUUCCGACUCCCCCACACUCCCGGUGGAUAAGGACACGCUGGAUGGGGUGUGUCCAUCGCUGUGUGCCAACGGGCUAGGUGUUUCCAAAUGUAACUGCACCAGCUUCCGGCCGAAGGACCAGUUCAACCAGAACCUUAUCUGCCAGGCGUUCUGUACCGUCGCCAGUGUGCAGCUGGCCGGCUGCAGCCGUUGCGACGGAACCGACCCCAGCCUGGGCAACUUCGGUGCAUUAGAAAUCGUCGAAACGACGACACCGAACUGGGACGAGCUGUGUUCGAUGUUCUGCAAGAUGGGCGACGGCGGAACACUGUGCAACUGUGAUUUGCCGCCGUUCUUCUAAUGUGCACACAACCGUGGACACACCACAUACACACACAAACCCAACCCAACACAGAAGACAUUACGUUCACGCUUACUUCAAUUAAUUUACCGCGGGGUAACCCUACCCCAAUGCAGUACAAAAAAAACAAAGACGGCGUUGGAUUUAAUUUCGUGAUUUUUUUCUUUCACAAACGACAACAGCACAACAUGUGAGAUACGUUUUUGGGAGGGAUUUUGUGAAGAAGACCGGGUGCAAACGUUAUCAUUACAUAUCCGCAGGGUUUGCGUGACAUGUGCGGCACUCCGCACCAAUCUCAAGCUCGCACCGUUUAUGCCAGUUUGUUUGCGUUUCAGACGUUUCAGUUCCAUCCGUUCCUAAGGUCUUGCUUGAGUUUUGAAUGACUAGGAUAGUGGAGGAGAAAGCAGACAGUAGGAUAAGGCAGUCGUCGUUCGUCUUUGAACGAUCAAUGACAAAUAUCACUCAAAAGGGCUUCCAGGUUGAGGGUGAACAUACAGAGGGACGCGUCACACUACGCCAGCAUCCUCACUGGUGUGGCCGUCGUGUCCAGGCUUUUGGGGGGAUUAGAAUAGAAGAUGCGAGAAGUAAGUAGUAAACGUAGCUGUCAGUCAGAGUCAGUUAGGAGUCUGUUGAUCUCUAGUUAGGAUUUUGUGUUUUGGAAAGUUUUAGUCCCUUUCCGCGCAUGCUAUAGCGUAGCGUAAGCUGCCAGCAUUUGCGCGAAACUAGCGAAUGCAACAACAACAACAACAACAACGUAACGCAUGUCACGCCAGUAUGCAUCCAGCACGCGGACAUGACGUUGACUACCCUUCCAUGUGUCAAUUUGUUUAGGAUUAAAUUCUCUUACGAAAAACACCUCUGCUUUCGAUAAAGCCACAGGGGUUACACGCUGAGGGCGUGAGAGAUGCAGAGUGUGUGCACACAGUUUUAAUUAACAAUUUAAGACACGUUCGUCCGUUCAGUUCCGCAGCUGUCUGAGGCUUUCCUGCGUCCAUUCAAACCCAAUGUUCCUCCUCUCCCAACUCCUCAAUCCUAUUUAGCAGAACUCCCUCGAACGAACGAGAAAUGCUGAUGCUGCGAAGAGAGCUAACAAGCCGAUCGACGACCAUAUCACAUUGUAACGACUACUCAUACAAAACAGUCAUCAUCAUCAUCAUCCUAAUCAUGUGAAAAGGAGUGGAAAACGAUUCGACAUUACUUUGCAAAAAUUUCAAGCAAGCAAACUCUUACCAGGUAUUGCACAAAUGCUGUGAAAGACAAUAAUUACCAAAUACAACCCUAUUUGGAAACUAGAGUAAUGUGGGAGACGAAAAAAAACAAUACAUGCGAAGAAAGAAGAAGAAGAAGAAGAGGAAAUAUGCAUUUACAAAUAUUGAAACAAAAUUAAACCAAACAACAAAAAAACAGCAACCGCUUUAAAAAUCACAAACACACGAUAUCUAAAUGUUGUAACUGUUUCCCUUAUUUCCGUGCCGUAACAUACAUAUAUAUCUAUAUACACACAUAUACAUAUAUGGUACGGUCCCAAAAAAAAAAACAACUAAUAAUCAAUGUUCCAAACAUACGGCCACUGCACGCUGUAUGCGCUUUGUUCGGUCGUGUCAGUAAA